AUGAUUAUUCUUUGUUUAAUUUUAGGUUUUAUCAUAUUGUGCGAUGGACAAGAGAAUAUCGUCGAAACCGAAGGAGGAAAGUUGAGAGGUGCUACUAUGAAGAAUUACAAAGGUGAAGAUUUUUUGGCCUUCAUGUCGAUUCCUUAUGCAGAACCACCACUUGGACCACUCCGGUUUAAGGCGCUUGAACGAGUGAAACCUUGGGAAGGCGUAAGAGAUGCAACUGUAGAUGUUCCCACGUGCGUACAUAGUUACUUGGGGGUUCAAAGUGGCGUUGAAGAUUGUUUGUACAUGAAUGUUUAUACGAAAGAUACUAACCCGUCAGAUCUUAAACCCGUCAUGGUUUAUUUACAUGAAGGAGGCUUUUAUUUUGGUACUGCCAGUACUGAUAUAAUUGGACCGCAGCAUAUAAUGAUAGAGGAUGUAGUUUUUGUUGCUUUCAACUAUAGAUUAGGAGCACUUGGUUUCUUGAAUUUGGAAGGAAGCGAUAUAGUUGCGAACAAUGGUUUGAAAGAUCAAGUGUACGCUUUGAAAUGGGUGCAAAGGAACAUUCACAAGUUUGGAGGAAAUAAGGAUUCUGUUACUGUCUUUGGUGCAGGCGCAGGCGCAGUUGCUGUAAAUCUGCACAUGCUAUCUCCAAUGUCCAAAGGACUUUUCCAUCAUGCGAUCUCGCAAAGUGGAGUCGUCUUGGUGCCCUGGAUGCUUGGAAUAAAAAAUACCGGAUUGGAGAUAGCUGCGAAAUUGGGAAUUGAGAGUGUUGAUCCGAAAAUGAUCGAAGACGAGUUGCGUAAAAUACCAUACACCGAUCUUUUCAAAGCGCAGCAGAAAAUGCGUUGGUUCGCACGGGUUGGUACACUGUGGAAUGGUGGUCUGGUUAUCGAAGGUCCAGGGGAAGAUAAUUUCAUAACGGCAGGACCAUACGAUAUGCUGAAGGACUCGUGGUCCGUCGGAAUGCCUUACAUAAUUGGUUACACGGAGCUGGAAGGAAUUUUCAUGGAGCUAUUUGCAGUAACUGCCGGCCUUCAUUACGAUUUCACAUUGCAAAGUGAUAUCCCACACGCUUUAACUGAAGAUGAUCCGAAUAUCCUCAUGGAGGUGAUAGAAGAAGUUAAGAAAUACUACUUUCACGGACAUUUUCCAUCCAAAUACGAUUACGAUUUAAUACACCUAUUGACGGACGUUACCUUCAAGUAUCCAGUAAUUCAGUUGGCUAGAAAGAUGGAAAGUAGCCAUUCUAUCUACGUGUACGAGUUCGCAGCCGAUACUAAAUUGAACGUGUUCAAGAAUGCCGUUCCGGAAACGGCAAAGUACAAAGGAGCUGCCCAUAUGGAUGAUCUGGGUUACAUAUUCAAGCAUUCGCGUACUCCGGAUAUAGAGCUUGGCAGUAGGGAAGAUAAGGUCGUUGAGAAAAUGGUGAAGCUAUGGACGAACUUGGCCAAAUACGGUCAGCCAAUUCCGGAUGGACAAAAUGUUGAUUUCGAUAAUGCCGUUUGGAAAAAGGUCAAAUCCAACGAGAUGAAUUGUCUCUUUUUGGAUGAACAAUUGAACGACACUGUCUUGGAUCUUAAAUUUGCCGAUUUCUGGGAUAGCUUAUAUAAAAAAUAUAACAGAGAAUAUUGAUGAUUU